CCUUUCUACGUAAAUGUUCAUACGGUGGUUAAACAUCAAAACGCCUCUUCUUACUAAAAAUCAAAACAUACUGUAUGUAGAACAUGUUUCAAAUAGAACCUAUAUAUUACCCAUCCCCUUUUGUGCACGCACGUACACACGCACGACGUACACACGCACAAAUAUGGCGGCUUCUAUUUCACCUCUACGCUCCUCCUUCAGGAUUUGCUCACCGUUAACUGCACACUUUCACUGCUGCCGUGCCAAACUGCGGAUGCACAGAAAGUACGAGAGUCAAAGGAGGCAUCUGUACCACUCUGCGAGAAGGCACAGUGCUGUGGUGAUUUCAGGAACAGAGUUGGCCCGUCAGAUUCACAGAGAAAUCCAGCGUGAUGUGGAAGAGCUAGUCGCUCAUGGCAACAUGAGGCCCCACCUUGGCGUAAUCUUAGUCGGAGAUGACCCAGCCAGUCGUACCUAUGUUAAGAACAAGACCCGGGCAGCCACCAUCCUGGGUAUUUCCAGUGACACAGUAGUUCGGCCCAGCUCAGUUUCCCAGGAGGAGUUGCUGGAGCUGAUCGAUAAGAUGAACCGUGACUGGAGGGUCAGCGGUCUCCUGGUGCAGCUGCCACUUCCAGAGCACAUCAACGAGCGAGCUGUGUGUAAUGCGAUCGCUCCAGAGAAGGAUGUUGACGGUUUCCAUAUUGUGAAUAUUGGAAAGUUGUGCCUGGACCAGAGAUCGAUGGUACCUGCAACGCCUGCAGCGGUCUGGGAGAUGAUCAAAAGAGCAGGAAUUGAGACAGUGGGAAAGAAUGUCUUGGUUGCUGGUCGCUCCAAAAAUGUUGGAAUGCCCAUUGCUAUGUUGCUGCAUACUGAUCGCAAUCAUGAACGCCCUGGAGGUGAUGCCACAGUGACGAUCGCUCACAGAUGUACACCAAGGGAUCAGCUGAAAAAACUAACUAUCCUGGCUGACAUCAUCAUUGCAGCGGCAGGUGUUCCAGGUCUGAUCACAGCAGACAUGGUGAAAAAGGGUGCAGCAGUUAUUGACGUCGGCAUAAAUCGCAACCUGGACCAGCACACAGGGAAAGUCCGGCUCAUCGGGGAUGUGGAUUUUGAGGGAGUGAAGGAGAAAGCAGGUUUCAUAACACCUGUUCCUGGAGGUGUGGGUCCAAUGACUGUUGCCAUGCUCAUGAAAAACACCGUGACUGCUGCCAGAAAUGCACUGAUGCAUUAAAAACAGUAUACACCCUUAAUUUUAGUUUGCAUUGCAGAGAGGUAAAAGCAUAUGAACAUGCGAUAACCUGCAUACAUUUCAGCACACACUCAAAAACAAACCCCUCUGCUGAACAAUUACACACUUUUAUUUCAACAGUUUUGACCUCAAGAUUUCAUACUUGCCUGGAAACCUACUUGAUAUGCACCAUGUUUACUUCCAUAUUUAUUAUUUAUUUUAUUAUUGCAAUUCAGAUUUUGCUUUUGUACAUGUUAGAUUGAUAUUUUUUCUACUGGAGUGUUUUGAUUUAUUGAAUAUGCUUAGAAAUUAGCAAGAAAGAAGUCAUAAUAAAAGUGGGUUUCAGUCAGUGCCAUGUCAAUGGGUUUGUUUUUUCAUUAUUAGUAUUUAAUUUUCAUAUAAUUGAACUCAUCGGAUGUAAACUUUUUUUUUUUUGUCAAUAACAGAUGCAGGUUUUAUAUUCUAGGUAUCAACUAAUAUUGUGCUACUCAUGGUGGCAGCAGAGUAACUAUAUGAUAUUAGUUCUAUUUUUCUUUUUAUAGAUGUUUGCUCAUCACUUAUUUUGGUUGAGGCGUUGCUUUUUUUGGAAAACAUUCCCUCUGGCUUUGGAUGCUGAACAGUGGUAAUUAUUUUUGCUCUUUCUGUUUUACUUUUUGACAAUUGUUAAAAUUCAGCCCCUUAUCCUACACUAUUUGCUUUGUCCAGAGUGUCUGGGCUGUUGAUAAACAGUUGCUUCCUGGAGAUGUGGACUGUGUUGGGAUUUAAAAUUUCACCCAUUUGCUGACGUCUGCCUGUGACAUAUGUAGUGCGCCAGUCCGACAGGAAGAAACUUACUGGAACUUGUCUGUGCUGUAAACAACCAUCCUCCACUGCGAAGAGAGAAGAGCCAAGCAGAAUGAAGCAGCUGUUAAUGUUAGUUCAAUAUUGGGAAACGUGACCAACUGAGACUGAACGGCUGUGUUCACUUCCUGCUAAAACUACAGGCAGACCACGACUCUAAAACAGCACGAAAAGUAUUGAUAACAAAUAUGGAAUUAGAGUACAGCAAACAGAUCUAUGACACAAAUCUGAAUUGUAUAUCUAUAUAGAGCAAUUUCUGGGUUAAUUGAUCUUUUUACAACUUGUAGACAGGAAAACACCAUAACUAGUGCGUGUGCAACAUUUGCUGCCUUUGUCCUUACACUGUGUACACAUUUAUUAGGCAACCAUAUUUUUAAGGAUUAUUUUUAUUCAUCAUCAACUGCAGUGCUCUGCUAAUCUAAAAUGUUAUUAACCUCCAACAUGAAUGUUUAAGAAAACAAAUGUGAGGUUUUGACAUUUUUAGGCGUAUAUCUGUAUUUGCACAAUUACUGGGUGACUACUUGUGCAGAACUAUUAUGCAAGUCCAACCAAAUGAAGACUUUUUUUCCACCUCAAGUGUUUAAUAUGCAUCAAUUUAAGUCAGAAUUAUAAAUAAACAACUAAAAAAACUUUCCAAUAAACGGCAACACAUUUGUGA